AUGACUUCAAAUCAAAGUGAAGAUUCAGGCUCUCUUCACCGUCUGCCAGGCACUGAUGAUCAACAAGUCGGUGGUUUGAUUAUCAAAAAGAAGACUCAAGCAAAUUCGUCAGAUGAACAACAUGUUUUCAAAAUGCCACAAAUUCCGCCGACAACGUCAGUCUUGGGUCUGGAUAAAUUAGCAGCAGAGAAACGUCGUGUACAAUCAUCAGCCAGCACCACAGAACCAAAGCGUUCGAAAACCUCCUCAUUCGAUGACAACGACGACGAUCAUAAAUCACAUAGUAACAAAUCUCGACAUUUACGAGAAAAACGAGAGGAAACACCAUCUUCAACACGUUCAUCUCAUCAUGACUACUAUGAUCGAAGUCGGCCAGCACCUAAACAUAAACAACGUGGCUUAGCAUAUGGACAAGAAGCACAAAAGCAACAUCGAAAUGGUGGUCAUCGAAAUGGAGACGACGACGACGAUGACGAGGAUCGUUAUGCCACACCGAAUAUUCGUGGUAGUCGAGAUUCGCCAUCGCGAACAUCAUGGGAUGAGGAAGACUCUAACAGAAAAAGAUCGCAAUGGGAACAUCCGACACCAAAUAGUAACUACAGUCGGUAUGAAUAUCGAAGACGUCGCGAUACUGAUUAUUAUAAUCGAAAACGUAAUGAUACUCCACUGCCUACACCAAGUUUUCGUAAGAAUAAACAUGACGAUCUGGAUGAUAAUGAAGAUGAGCGACAAACUUGGGAAGAGGAACAAAAGCGUAUCGAACGUGAAUGGUACAAUGACGAUGAUGUCGUCGACGAGGAGUCGAAUGCAUUCACUAGUGUCAGUGAUGAAUAUACCAAGAAGAAGGAAGAAGCAUUAGAAUUACGAAAAAAGAAGCGUAUGUCUGCACAACAGCGACAAAUCAAUCAGGAUAUUGAACGAUGGGAAGAGAAUCGAAUGGUUCGUAGUGGCGUUGUACGAAAAGUCAAUGUUGACGAAGGUUUCGACGAUGAAGGAGAAAGUCGUGUACAUUUAUUGGUUACCAAUCUUGUCCCGCCGUUUCUCGACGGUCGUAUUCGAUUUACUCGACAAUUCGAGCCAGUUAUUCCUGUGAAAGAUCCGACAUCUGACAUGGCAAUCAUAUGUCGAAAAGGUUGCCAGUCUGUACGGAAAUAUCGUGAACAGAAAGAACGACGUUUAGCACAAGAAAAAUUCGAAUUGGGUGGAACUAAGUUAGGAAAUAUCUUAGGCAUCAAGCGACGUGAUGUGAAAGAUGAUCAAUCAGAGGAUGUUGAUUAUAAGAAGUCACAGAAGUUCGCUGAGCAUAUGCAAGACCAAAUGGAGGCCGUUUCGGAUUUCGCUCGAAAAAAGACAAUAGAUGAACAAAGAAAAUACCUUCCAAUCUACGCUAUUCGAGCAGAUCUACUGAAAAUCAUACGCGAGAACAGCAUUAUCAUUUGUGUUGGAGAAACAGGAUCAGGAAAAACAACACAGAUGACACAGUAUCUUCAUGAAGCUGGUUAUACAAAACGUGGUAUGAUUGGAUGCACACAACCACGUCGUGUUGCUGCUAUGUCCGUGGCUAAACGUGUAUCCGACGAAAUGCAGUGUAAACUUGGUGAUGAAGUCGGAUACGCUAUUCGAUUCGAAGAUUGUACAUCUGAUAAAACUUUGAUUAAAUAUAUGACCGAUGGUAUUCUAUUGCGUGAGAGUUUAACUGAUCCUGAUCUUGAUCACUACUCAGCGGUUAUCAUGGACGAGGCUCAUGAGCGUAGUUUAAAUACCGAUGUUUUGUUCGGUCUUCUGCGAGAAGUUGUCGGUCGUCGGCAAGAUCUCAAACUUAUCGUCACAUCAGCCACUAUGGAUUCGGAAAAGUUUAGUGACUUUUUUGGCAAUGUACCGAUAUUUAUCAUACCGGGUCGAACAUUUCCUGUCGAGUCGUUCUUUAGUAAAGCUUGUGUGGAAGAUUAUGUUGAUGCCGCUGUGAAACAAUCAAUUCAAAUCCAUUUAGGCGCCGGUGAUGGUGAUAUUCUUGUUUUUAUGCCUGGUCAAGAAGACAUUGAAGUAACAUGUGAAUUAAUCAAAGAACGUCUAAAUGACCUUGAAGGUGCUAAGCCGCUGAGUAUCUUACCAAUCUAUUCCCAGUUACCAAGUGAUUUACAAGCAAAGAUCUUUCAAAAGGCUGAUGAUGGUAUACGUAAAUGUGUCGUGGCAACAAAUAUUGCCGAAACAUCACUGACAGUCGAUGGUAUUAUGUAUGUCGUCGAUUCUGGUUAUUGCAAAUUGAAAGUAUAUAAUCCACGUAUUGGUAUGGAUGCCUUACAAGUCUAUCCAGUUAGUCAGGCCAAUGCCAAUCAACGAAUGGGUCGAGCUGGACGAACAGGGCCGGGACAAUGCUUUCGACUCUAUACUGAGCGUAACUUUCGUGAAGAAAUGCUCAAAAGUAACGUACCCGAAAUUCAACGAACCAACCUUGCCAACGUUAUUCUCCUACUGAAAUCUCUCGGCAUCCAAGAUCUCUUACAAUUCCAUUUCAUGGAUCCGCCACCACAAGACAACUUGAUGAAUUCAAUGUAUCAAUUAUGGAUCUUAGGAGCGCUGGAUAACACAGGAGCUUUAACUCAAACAGGUCGUCAGAUGGUGGAAUUUCCACUGGAUCCUGCUUUGUCACAAAUGUUAAUUACAUCCGUCGACAUGGGUUGCAGCAAUGAAAUUCUGAUAAUUGUCUCCAUGCUUUCUGUUCCUUCGAUAUUUUUUCGUCCAAAGGGUAAAGAAGAAGAAUCGGAUGCAAAACGAGAAAAAUUUCAAGUGGCCGAAAGUGACCACUUAACAUUGCUGCAUGUUUACAUUCAAUGGAAGAAAAGUGGUUAUUCGAAUAAUUGGUGUUCCGAUCAUUUCAUUCACGCGAAAGCAAUGAGAAAAGUUCGCGAAGUUCGACAACAGUUAAAAGACAUCAUGGAUUCGCAAAAAUUAGAUGUGAAAUCUACUCGAGAUUGGGAUAUUAUACGUAAAUGUAUUUGCGCUGCUUACUUUCAUCAAGCUGCUCGACUGAAGGGUAUUGGAGAAUACGUUAACUUACGUACAGGUAUGCCAUGUCAUUUGCAUCCGACUAGUGCAUUAUUUGGUUGUGGAUUUACUCCUGAUUAUAUUGUUUAUCAUGAACUUAUUAUGACUACAAAGGAGUAUAUGCAAUGUGUAACCUGUGUGGAUGGCCAUUGGCUUGCUGAACUUGGUCCGAUGUUUUUCACUCUGAAAGAUUCCGUGAAAACUCGUAGCGAACGUGCGCGAAAAGAAAAGUCAGAAGCAUUGACCAUGGAAGAAGAAAUGCGUCUUGCGCAAGAAAAAAUGAAUCGAGCUAAAGAAGAAGCCGAAGCAGCUGACUCGACUCCAUCGGUCAGAAAUCGAAUUGUAACACCAUUCAAUCGUAUACAAACUCCAGGAACAGCGCGAAAAUUUACACCAUUUCGUAGUGGAAUUUAA